UGGAAGCAAGGAUGGGUUCACCUGUGACCCGCUCGUCCACGUUCGACGGACGGGCUGCAUCGCGGAAGGCAGCGAGGGUCUCGGGCUUGCAUCCCUCCGGCUUCUCCAUUCGAUUGCCCGCCUCCCCCCGGUUGGUCUCUUUUAGCCUGGACAGCCUGAUCAUUCCAUAAUCGAAGAAACCGAGCUAGUAAGAAGACUGUUAGGAUGCCAAUGGUAGCACGAAGACUGAGAGAUCCUGACAUAAAUCCUUGCUUGUUGGAAUCUGAUGCUUCUACCAGAUGUAUGGAUGAAAAUAACUAUGACAGGGAAAUGUGUUCCAUUUACUUCUUGAAGUACAAAAACUGCCGAAAGUUCUGGAAUUCUGUCAUGGUGCAGAGAAGACAGAAUGGAGUGAAGCCACCUAUGCCAACAGCAGCAGAAAGAAAUGAAAUCUUGGGAGCAAUGGGAAAGAUGCCCUAUUGAAUGUUUGCAUUAAAAUGAUUUAACUCAAAAGGAGAUAAAUAUUUUUAAUAAA